UGACGAGCCAUUCAUCGUUCACAACCAUCGCAAUCAAUCCUUGCCGUAAGCUACUCCUUCUGUAACAACACUCAAGCGCUAUUCAAGAUGGCCGCCAUACUUCAGCGCCCUGUUGCUGUCUGCAGCGGCUCUCAGGGCCCCAAGCCUGCCCCGGCCACUGAGUCAGCUCGCGAUGGCCAACGUGUGUCCGUGUUGCUGAAGACGAUGGCUCCCCUGCGCAAGACUCUGUCCCUCCACCUCCCAGUCAUUCUCACAGCUGAUGAGAUACUCGCGUCGGUUGUCGCUCACCUCAACCUUCACGGGGAAGGCGCCUCCCUGCUACGCCUCACCACCCCGGGUGGCCACCCCUUCUCUGGGGACUCAACUCUCGCCGAUUUGGCACAAGCAGAAGGUACUCGCUCAUUUCUUGAGUUGGAGAUCAGGCUGGCCGUCCUGGGCGGCAAGGGAGGAUUUGGGUCGAUGCUGCGUGCUCAGGGUGGCAAGAUGAGCGCUCGCAAGGGAGAGGAGAAUAACGACUCUUGCCGUGACCUCAACGGAAGAAGGCUGAGCACCGUCAAGGAGGCGAAAGCACUCGCGGCCUACCUUGCCGAAGCUCCCGCCCGUGAAGCAGCCCUCUCCAAAGCACAAGCCGAGAAGUACGCCAAGCUAGAGAAGAUGCUGGGCCGCAAACCGCGUAGCGCAAAAGACUUCGAGGAAGCCGCCAACAAGCUCGAUGAUGCCGGUGGUGAUCUUGGCGAGGGCGAAGAGGACGGAGGUGCUGGACCUAGCAAUGUGGUUCCCGUACGAGGUAGAGAGGCGCAGGGCAGUGGAGUCGCGGGCGGUAGUGGAGCGAAAAGGGAGAGAUUUGAGGUGGAUACAAAGUACAUCGAGGAGUCUCGCGAGGCAGUCGACAAGGCCAAGAGUGCAGUUGCUAUUGCUAUGGCAAAGAAGAAGAAGAAGGCAGCUGCCGCGGCCGCCGCGGCCAAGUCUAGCAGCCAAGACGCCGGCUCCAAGACUCCCACAGCCACGGCUGCUUGAGGCGAUACUACGGCUCACAGCUCAGGCAUUGCAUCGGUAUACCACAUUGUCAGAUGGGAAAAGGGAGUGAGAAUGUCCAUAUUAAAUUUUUCGAAGUCGUAAUCAGAAUGUACAAGAAAGUUUCAAAGUGUUGUCGAUUUUCUGUUCUAUCGAUGUAUUCCGCGAUGAGCAGCCGCACCCACUUCACCGCCUCUCCUUUACGUAGCACACGAGCCAGAAGAGGGACAUUGCCGUGGAGAUGAGGAAGAUGGCUGUGAGUAUAAUCUGAUCUUGCCAAUAAGCC